AUGAACGACGAUGACUCUACCUUUGGGGAAGCACCCUCCAACGCGAGCACCUCCAUCCGCAGCUCCAUCACCCGCUACGAAUGGAAGCACAACCGCCGAUAUCACGCCUACCAAGCCGGGGCGUACCCCUUCCCCAACGACGAGCGCGAGCAAGACCGUCUGGACAUGCUGCACUACGCCAUGACGCGGCUCCUCGACGACAGGCUCUUCCUGGCGCCCAUCCAGCCCGACGGCAUGAGGAUCCUCGACGUCGGCACCGGAACGGGACUCUGGCCCAUCCAAAUGGGCGACUUAUACGCCGGAGCCGCCAUCACCGGCAACGACCUCAGCCCCAUCCAACCGACCUGGGUGCCUACCAACGUCAACUUCCUCAUAGACGACGUCGAGCUGGACUGGAUCGAGACAAACAAGUACGACUACAUCCACUGCCGGUGCAUGGCCGCCUCCAUAAAAGACUGGCCACGCCUCCUUCGCCAGAUUCACAACGCCCUGAAGCCAGGGGGAUGGGUGGAAUUCCAGGACUUCACACCGCACUUCGACUUUGAAGACGGUUCCGUCGCCGCAGACCACCCCAACCACCCCAUCAUACAGCUCUUCGACGCGCUGGCGCAGGCGUGCGCCAAGACCGGAAGAAUACUCGACAUGGUGCCUUACAUCCGACGCUGGUGCACCGACGCGGGCUUCCCGACCGUCGACCGGCAUUCCUUUCGAGUGCCCGUCGGCAAGUGGCCCAAGGACCAGCGGAGCAAGGAGAUUGGGUCGAUGAUGGCGGUCAAUCUCUGCGAUGGGGUGGAUGGCAUGACGGCCGUGUUGCUGAGGGACGUGCUGGGCUGGUCGGCCGAGGAGGUGGAGAUGCUGAACGCAAGUGUGAGGAGUUCCACGAGGUCGGACCCCAAGCUUAUUUGUGGGUUUGAAGUUUUCCUGGCACAAAAGAGCAAAUGA